CCGAAGUGGAAAACCACUCACUCUCAACACCAAGAAAAAAGAACCUGCUACUGCUCCCACCUCACCGGUUACUAUCAAUGGACCCUUCUUCUUCUUCUUCUCUUCCCCGUUUGCCAAAUGUCGCCGACCUCACGCCCCAACACUCAGCGUUUCUUGAUCAACACUUCCAAACCAAACGCGACCUAUCUCACGAAUCUUCCAACCUCUUUCUCUCCUCCUCGCUCUCGCAGCAAUGCUCCGAGCUAGAGUCGAUGUUCCUCCUUCACGCUUCGAAACGCACCGUUUCGUGGAUCUCUCGCUCCUUCCGCGCCAAAUCCUCGCUCCAGCAACUCUCUCUCGCUCUUCGCAAUCUCUCCCUUCGCACUUCUCCGCAUGGAUUUGGUUCGAAGAGGUUUCGGCGGGUUUUGACAGAGGAGAUUCCUCGAUUGGCCUACGAAAUGAACAGAAUCGAGUCUCUUCGGUGUUAUCUUGAGACUGCUGUACAGUUGGAAGCUCUAGUUGGGGAUCUUGAAGAUGCUUCUCUCUUUGUCAUGUCUUGCCACACAGGGAAUAUGUUUAAAUUGAAGCUCUUGAAUUCACUAAUCUCUGAAGAUGCUGGAAGAAAACAUGACAAGUUGCUUCAGGCCAUAAAAGCCAUGAAUGAUAUUGAAGAAGUAUUGAUUGGUGUUGAGAAAUUCCAUCCUCAGUGGUAUUGUCUUCUGAAGUCUGUUGACACCAGAGUAGAUAAGAUCUUAUCUGCUCUCCGGCCACAAAUUUUUGCAGAUCACCGGGCUCUUCUAGUCUCUCUUGGGUGGCCACCAAAACUACUUCUGUCAAACAGUGGAAACGAUGGUAUUACAGACCUUCCUAAUCCAUUGGUUCUUAUGCAAGAAGAUAAAAGAAGAAAUUACUCUCGAAGUUUUAUUGCUCUUUGUGCUUUGCAGCAUCUGCAAAAGAGAAAGGAAGAAAGACAGCUUAAUAAUAAUAAUCUUAUAGAAAUAGACACUCAGUACAAACAGCUUUGGGCCAUUGAUGAAUUAGUAUCACCUAUUGCAUCAAGGAUGGAGUACCAUUUCACCAAAUGGUCUGAGCAGCCAGAAUAUAUGUUUGCUUUGGCAUAUAAAGUUACCAGAGAUUUUAUUGCUGGAAUAGAUGGUGUCUUGCAGCCACUUAUUGACAAGGCCAGGCUUGUCAGUUGCAGUGCAAAGGAGGCGUGGGUCUCUGCAGUGGUCCAAAUGCUUUCUGGCUUUCUGGAAAAAAACGUUUUUUCUUUGCUUGCUGAAAGAUAUAAAGUAAAGCAUUUGAAGUCUAAUGUAUCAUCUUCAUGGCUUCACCUUGUGGAUCUUACCAUUGCAUUUGACAAAAAGAUGCAAUCCCUUCUCAAUCUGGAGACUUGUUUUUUGGCAGUGUCUGAAAGUUUUGAAGGGCAGUCAAGAGGUGUAUCAGUUCUAUCAAUAUUUUGUAAUAGGCCUGAUUGGCUGAAGAUCUGGGCAAAAAUAGAGUUCAAAAAUGCCUGGAAGAAACUUAAUACCGAACUGAAAGAAGAGAAAUCGUGGGUGAUUUCUAGAAUUUCUAAACCUGGGAUUGAUAAUAAUCAGGAGUAUCUGCUAUUGGCUGUUGAAGAUAACAAAGCUCCACCUAUCGCAGAGUUUUUUCUUAAAAUUAUCUGGGAUAUAAUUGAACGCUGCAAAACUAUGCCAUCCAUUUUAUCACGUGCACAAUUUAUUAGAUUUACUGCAGGAAGAUUGCUCUGGUACUUCUUUAAGCUUUUACUUUUUCAGUUCAAGGCAAAGGAAUUACGUCUGGAUAAUUCUGAUAAUGUUGCUAUAGUUAUGGUGUGUGGGUUAAUAAAUGCUGCCAGAUAUAUUUGGAUUAAAUUACAAGAAUGGAGUGAUGCUAUUGAGUUUUUGGAGAUGAAAAUUGCUGAAAAUGAUGCUGGCAAGCCCAUACAAGAUAAUACAAUGGAUAAUGGCUGCUUUUUUAACGAAGAAAUAAGAAGCUUGUCUGAAAUGGAAACAAACUGGCUUAUAGAAAUUAUUGCAGUUGUUCUUCGACAGUUUGAAAUGCUUUCCUGGGAAUAUGUUCAAAACGAUGAUAGCUUUAAGGACAACCGAGAUUUUACAAAUCUUAGAGAGGAUGUUGAUUUAGUAGUUUCCGAUGAUUUUGUUGAAGCUUUGUACGCUUUAAAAAGCUGGCUUCAAACUGUGAAGAUAAAUCUCAAUAGAAAGGAUUUUUUGGAUUUGUGGAGAAGCAUUGCUGAGGGGCUAGAUCAUUACAUCUCAGGCAGCAUUGUCAGAAAUGAGGUUUGGUUCUCUAAGGUGGGAGCCAAUCAAUUUGAAGCUGAUAUACAAGCACUAAUAUUUAUUUUUCAGCCUUACUGUGUCCGCCCACAAGCAUUUUUUCCUUGUAUUGGUGAGAUUCUUAAGCUUUUGAAACUGAAAAAGGAAGAGGUAAAGCUAAUGCAAACACUUUUGUCCAACAAUGAAAAUGGAUUUGAGUGUUUGCAUCUUUAUGGAAUUUCUAAUCUAUCAGUUAAUCAAGUUCUUCAAGUUCUUAGAUGCAAAAUUUGGGUUGGUUGAAUUAUGCAAUAAAGUGGUAUUAGCACUUGACCAAGGAAACAAAGCUUUACGCGUGGUCUACGUAAAUUAGAGAAAAAUUCUACUGCAAACGUUCCUUGUGUAAUUGGAUAAGCACAUGGGAUAUUGAAGCCCAUAUUUUUCUUGUUAAGACUGGAUUUGGGUAUGAGAAGAAGUUGUGCAUUAUGAUGCAGAAGCACAAUUGUUAUUCUGGAGUGAGCUCCCCCCUCCCCUACGCCAUCUCUUACCAGGAGCAAUGAGAUCUCCCCACAGUAUCUAAUGUUAUAGGCAACCUUUUAGAAAUCAUAUAUCUGAACCCAUCAAGCAAACAGUCUUUGAAAUCACUGAAUGUGCUGACUAUGGACUUCUUGACAAAGCAAGUGUUUGACAGCAUGCUGUACUGGCUAAAAUGUGAACCAAACAAACUGAAAUCAAUUACCCACAGCAAAAUCUCAGCUAUCUGAAUAUAGGAUGGAUUCAGCAGAAAUUUCGAAAGAUUCUGAACAAAACAUCCUGCUGACCAAGAAAAUGAAGUGUGAAAUAUGUUGGUGAGUUAGGAGGUUGUCCAGUUUGAGACAUUGUUUCAAAAUUCAAACCAUUUGAAUUAUUUGUUUCAUGUGAAGGAGGAAGAAGUGCGAUGCUCCAUAUCAACCCUCCCAGGGUGGAAUGGGGCGGGCAUGGCUGUCUGAUUUGGCUUUAGAGAGGGGAGUUUAGCAAGCGCACUCGUGAAUUACCUUUAGUUAUUGCUUCUUACUGUCAACAGACUCAUGUACUUGGUGCGACAACCCUAUGACUGUGCAGAUAAUGCCAAUACUAAGUUUUAUUCAAAAACUCUACACAAGGAUCAGAAAUACGUUAAGAGGUAGGAAUACAUUAUAUGAAUGUUUCCUUAAAGAUUUAUAUCCUCUCAUAGUCGUACACACUAUCACUGCUAAAGCAAUACUGAUAUUCCCAAGACGUAGAAUAAUACACAUCUUCAUACCUAAGGUCACCUACUCUCACGGAGGUCAACUCUCUGAGUAACAGAUCGUUUUCAAAGAUGGCUAUAUAAAGAGAACUCGUUGAAGAGAAGAACAAUAAUUCUUUGAAUCUUUACGUUGUUGCUUUUCCUCUAAGAUCACAUCGUCUAAGCCUUUAAUAAAGAGAAAAUGUCUUUUU